AGAGCGGUUGUAAGUGACGACCCGGAAAUGAAAACAAAAGAGUCCCGCACUCAGUACAAAAUGAAAUGCAUGGGGCCACUCAGAUUUUCCAUUUGCUGGCCACGUCUGAGCGACUGCCGAACAAACGGGCUGGUGCCGAUAACGACAUCGUCUUUUCUCCUCAUCAAUUUUCCCCCGAUUUUUUUCUAGUCCAAGAGAAUCUUCCCUUCUUGUUGUCAAACUAAUACCACAUAUACCGCCAACCUCCCACUCCACUUUCUUUGCUGUUUCUCUCUCUGACUCUUUACCUCUCGCUGUUGUAGUUCAUCUUCAUCGUAUACCAUCAGACCUCAAGAGCACAGAGUCCGCACAUUCAGACUGUGGUGCUGCCGAAUUUCCUCGAAACUCCGCAUUCAUUCUCUUCCACCGUCAACCGUACAUAAACCCCCUCCACCUUCAGGGCCUCCCACGCCUUGAAUAUCUCACAAUUCACCAUUUUCUAAACGUCCUCCAGUUCUCUUCCACACGUUCAAAAUGGCCGGCGCCGUCAACGGAGUCGACAAGCGCGACACCUUCCUUUUCACCUCCGAAUCGGUCGGCGAGGGACACCCGGACAAGAUCGCCGAUCAGGUUUCGGACGCUAUUCUCGAUGCCUGCUUGAGAGAAGACCCUUUCUCCAAGGUCGCCUGCGAGACCGCCACCAAGACUGGCAUGAUCAUGGUCUUUGGUGAGAUCACCACAAAAGCCCAUAUUGACUACCAAAAGGUCAUCCGUGACGCCAUCAAGGACAUUGGCUACGAUUCAUCCGACAAGGGUUUCGACUACAAGACAUGCAACGUCCUCGUCGCCAUCGAACAACAGUCCCCCGAUAUCGCCCAAGGUCUACACUACGAUGAAGAGUUGGAAAAGCUGGGUGCUGGUGACCAGGGUAUCAUGUUCGGCUAUGCUACCGACGAGACCCCAGAACUCCUGCCUUUGACCGUCAUCCUGGCACACAAGCUCAACUCUGCCAUGAUCGAGGCCCGCAAGUCGGGUGAGCUUCCUUGGCUGCGACCAGACACGAAGACCCAAGUCACGGUCGAAUACGCCCACGAUGGUGGUGCCGUUGUUCCCCUAAGAGUGGACACCGUCGUCGUGUCAGCUCAACACUCGGAAGACAUCUCUACCGAAGAACUACGGAAGGAGAUCAAGGAGAAGAUCAUCAAGCGGGUUAUUCCUGCCAAGUACCUCGAUGACAAGACCGUUUACCACAUUCAACCUUCCGGUCUCUUCAUCAUCGGUGGUCCUCAGGGUGAUGCUGGUCUCACUGGCCGCAAGAUCAUUGUCGACACCUACGGUGGUUGGGGCGCUCACGGUGGCGGUGCUUUCUCUGGUAAGGAUUACAGCAAGGUCGAUCGAUCAGCUGCCUACCUCGCCCGAUGGAUCGCCAAGUCCCUCGUCAAGGCUGGACUCGCUCGCCGUGCCCUCGUCCAGCUGUCCUACGCCAUCGGUAUCGCCGAGCCAUUGUCGCUUUUCGUCGAGACUUACGGAACCAGCAGCAAGACCAGCGCCGAACUCGUCCAGAUCAUCCGAAACAACUUUGACCUCCGACCUGGUGUGAUCGUCAAGGAAUUGAACCUGACCAACCCCAUCUACUGCAAGACGGCCAAGAACGGCCACUUCACCAACCAGAGCUUCACCUGGGAACAACCCAAGGAACUGAAGUUCUAAGUCGGCCCCGAAACUCAAUCACGAUCAUUUUGAGUAUGGAGAACUGCGACUGGGAGGGAGUGUAUAGACAAGAAUGUGUGUUACUUGCGGAGGUGAGGUCCGAGCUUCUGGUUUCAACAGACUCAGAGACGAACCUCGCCUUUCGCUCGUGGCGGCAGUCUGGACGUCUUGAUGUUCAACAGAUAGGAGUGGAAUGUGUUUUGUGAAGUUUUGGUGGCCUCUCUAGGAAGAUGACGGCCACUUGAAGAGGCGGGACGAAUCUCUACCCCCCUUUUUUGAUUCUAAAAAAAAGUUUUCACGGCGUGGGUUUCGUGACGAUAUUCAACAUGUUAUGAUACCCCCUUGCGCGCAAGAUACAUCUGAUGAUUUUUUUAUGAUUUGUGGAAAUCUUUCCACCUCUGGCAUUGGGAAUGGCGUUCAACUCGCUAUGCUAGAAAGAAGAAGAAGAAUACAGCAGACGAUAUUAUGGAAGACCAGUGAUAUGCAUUCGAGGGAUGAUGGCUUCAAUGACUUUGCCAUGACUAGUGGUCGCUGUUUAAGACGGAAAAAAAAAGACACAGAAAGAGGCAUGAGACGACAAGAUAAGAUUGGAUAGAUGAUGAUAGCCUCAACGACAGAUUCUUCUUGACGAACGAAAUAGGAGUUGGUUGAUGCGUGUGUGCUCACAAUAACAGAUCGACUCGACUCGGACGUUGCAUGGACAAUAAAACAACAACCUUCG